AUGGGUUCAACAAGAGUAGCGUACAAUCGCAAAACGAGAAGACAAGAUUUGUCUAAAGUGGAGUUUGAGACGAGUGAAGAUGUGAGAAUUACUCCCACUUUCGACGCUAUGGGUUUAAAGGACGACUUGCUUCGAGGAAUUUACAACUAUGGUUUCGAGAAGCCGUCCGUGAUUCAGCAGAAAAGUAUCCUGCCAAUAAUUAGAGGCAGAGAUGUAAUAGCUCAAGCACACUCGGGUACCGGCAAGACAGCCACCACAUCCAUUUCCAUCCUGCAAUCCUUGGACAUAAAGAUACGAGAAACCCAAGUCUUGGUGCUGUCUCCUACUCGGGAGUUGGCCACUCAGAGCCAGAAAGUGAUCCUUGCUCUAGGUGAUUACAUGAAUGUCCAGUGCCACGCUUGUAUUGGUGGCACAAGUCUUGAUAAAGACAUCAAGAAAUUGGACUAUGGGCAGCAUGUUGUAUCCGGAACGCCUGGGCGAGUAUUUGAUAUGCUUAAGAGACGUGCAUUAAGAACCCGAUCCAUCAAAAUGCUGGUGCUUGAUGAAGCUGACGAGAUGUUGAACAACGGAUUCAAAGAGCAGAUCUAUGAUGUGUACCGGUAUCUGCCUCCUUCAACACAAGUUGUACUGGUGUCUGCCACCUUGCCGCAUGAGAUUCUGGAGAUGACGACAAAGUUCAUGACGAAUCCUUUACGAGUUUUGGUGAAACGCGAUGAAUUGACUCUAGAAGGAAUAAAGGAGUUUUUCAUUAACGUGGAGAAGGAAGAAUGGAAGUUUGACACUCUCUGUGAUCUGUACGAUACUCUGACCAUCAACCAGUCGGUUGUGUUCUGCAACACAAGGAAACGAGUGGACUGGCUUGCAAAGAAGAUGUUGGAUGCUAACUUCACGGUCUGCGCGAUGCAUGGAGACAUGCCGCAACGAGAAAGAGACGAGAUUAUGAAGAUGUUCCGCUCUGGUCAAAGCCGAGUGCUGAUCACAACUGAUGUUUGGGGGCGAGGUAUCGACGUGCAGCAGGUCUCCCUGGUCAUCAACUACGACUUGCCGAACAACAGAGAGUUGUACAUCCACAGGAUCGGCAGAUCAGGUCGCUUUGGCCGUAAGGGAGUGGCUGUGAAUUUCGCCAAAGCCGAUGACAUCAGGAUCCUUAGAGAUAUUGAGCAGUAUUACUCCACACAAAUUCUUGAGAUGCCAUUGGAUAUUGCAGAUUUAACAUAA